AGUUACAAAAUUACAAUGAUAUUAGUCGGAUAGUGAAGGUCUGAAAAUGCUAUAAUUACUUUAGUUAUCGAAGACUCGAAGUUUUCUCCGAUCAAACUACCAAAAUUAGCAAACCUCUUUUAACAACUGCACAUAAAAACCAAGGAAAAGAUAUGGAAGAUGGAGUGAAAGAGGAAACAAUCUCUAUUAAAAAUCCAUCAAUGGAGGAAAAAGAAGUCAUUGAAGCUUUAAAUUCUUUCAACCAAGAAGACCUUCUUAAAGCUCUUGAAGUUGUAGAGAGAGAUUCUCUCGCCAUUGCUGAGAGCUACACAUCUCUCUUUGCUUCUCUUCGAUUAGCGCUAUCUGAGGUUACCGGCACUUCAAUAGAUCAUAUCGAAUGCUUCAGUAAUGCUUCCGGCAAACUUCAAGAAUCAGCUAUUGAUGCAGCAACCAGAGGGAAUCGUUUUAUACAUUCAUGUAUUAGGUUGAAUGAGGAGAUGAAAGGCAUUGAUGGUUUAGCAGCACAUUUAAAGAUCCUCAAGAGGAAUGUUGAUGCUUUGGACUCAGCAGUCAGCAGACUCCUCUGAAUCACAUAAUCGGCCCAUCUAAUUAUUUUGAUAACUCAUACAGGUUCCUAAACUGGACCAUCUUGCUCGACUCUGCUGAAACUGCAUGUCAUUAUAAUACGAUUAGGUGUUUUCGCGCUAUGCUGAGAGACCUUCACAUUUUCCCUUUGGAGGCGAGCGAUUGAUUAAUUUUCAGCUGUUCUGAUGUCUCUGCUCUUGGUUUGCCUUCUGCUUGGCUUAAUGAGUUUAACUGAUCACGAGUACCUUGUAACAUAAUCUACCUACUGAGAUCUGUAAUAAGAUCACUCUGUUGGUGAUAAACUGGACAUUCUUUCUGUUUCUCUGUGAUCAAUAAUAUCACUUUGGUAA